AUGCCUGUCGAAUAUUAUUCUUCAGAUGAGUCGGAUUUCUCCGAGACCGACAUGUCCAUCCGUGGUCGCAACGCUCGCACCCACAUCCGCCGUCGCUCUGUUUCCCGCCAUCAGCAUCGACGCCCCGAAGUGAGAGAUCACCUUGUCGCUCCGGUGACCCGCGUAUACCGCUCUGCCUCGACGGGUGGACACCGCCGGGAUCGCGACUCCUCCGUGCCAGCCGUAAUGAUCGUGAACGAGCAGGCAACCCGCACGGACAGCCGAACAGAAGCCCGCAACGCUAACAGCAACAAACCACGACACCGGGUGCAGGCUCAGCAGAAACAGAAGUUCUACGAGUCCGAGUCUGAAGAGGAUUAUGAGCCCUCACCUGCGCGGCGGGGUAGCUCGCGCCGACGACGCCGAGAGCGCGAGCAUGUGCGCGAGCAUUCGCACGACUCUGGCAAGAUCUCGGCGAAUGUCAAUGUUACUGCCGGGGAGGUGCGAGUACCUUUUCCUCCCCCGGAGGUACGGGCACCUUCGCCUUUCCACCGUGACUAUGAGCUUGCUAUGGGGCAGCGCAUGCUGGAGCGCAGUGAUGUACGACAGGAUCUGGAGAUCUGGAAGCAGCAGCAGGAAAUUGAGAGGUUGGAGCGCCAUCUGGAGAAACAUCGUGAGCAGCAACGUGAGCAGCAACGCGAACCGCAUCGUGAGAAGGGUGAGCCUGCGCGGGAUGCCCGUGAGGUUAGCCGUGAGGUCAGAGUGCUGCGAGAAGAAGAGGCGUGGUAUGAGGAUGAAAUUAGUGAACGGUUGCGCCGGCUGGAGCGGUAUGAGCGCAAGCAGAAGGAGGAGGAGGAGAUGCGCAAGGCCGAGAAGGCGUGGCGGCUGAAGAAGCUCGAAGAUGCAGAGAAGGAUGCUGCUGAGAAGGAGGAGGUGCGAGAGAGGUUAAGGAAGGAGAAGCUGGAGGAGAUUGCUCGGCAGCAGGAAGAGGAGGAAGAGAGGGAGAAGAUCAAGAAGGAGAUCAUUGAGGAAGAGCGCCGAAAGGCCUUUGAGGCCGAGGAGAAGAGGAGAAAGGAGAUGAUGAUCAAGGCUGCUGCUGUUGAAGAGUGGAAGCUCGAGCAGGAGCGUAUUAAAAAGCGAGAGGCAGAGGAGGCUGCGAAGAGAGAUCGUGAUUUCCGAGAGAGACUGCGUCUUGAUCUUGGCUAUGACGAGGAGGAGAUCGCGCACAUCCUCAGCAAGAGGAAGCGGGAUCAAGAAAAGAAGGAGAAGGAAGAAAAAGAAGAGAAAGAGAAGGAAGAAAAGGAGAAGAAGAAGAAGGAGAAGGAGGAGAAGGAGGAGAAGAAAAAGGAGAAAGAGGAAAAGGAGAUUGAGGAGCGUAGGACGACCUGGAUCAAGGUUCAUCGCAAGCAUCUGCUCCCAGAAACCUUGCUUGCCUAUAACCUUCCUUGGGACUGGGACGAGACUGAUAGCAACUACAUUAUCAUCAAGCGAUGGGUCACCGAGGACUUCCAGGAAGAGCUCUUCGCACACACCAAGCGGAUCCGCGAGGGCAAAGUCAUCACCCAGACAUCUGAAUCGCUGACCGAGCUUAAGGUCAACGACCGGCACAAAGACAGGAUGUACCUUGUUCGCAAGAAGACCCCACAGCACCGCUUGCGCAUCUUCGCCUCAUAA